AUGUUUGAAGAAAUUAGGUUGUACAUGAUGGAUAGGUUCUACCAUAUGUUACAAAAGGCAGAAAAGUGGGAAUCAGUGGUUUGUCCAGCUGCUAUCAAGAAAAUGAACAAGUUUGGAGAGGAUUUGAGGAAUUGGAAUGUGAAUCCAAGUGGACCAUCCAUUUUUGAAGCCAAGAAUGGAUUAGAAGGGUACGUGGUUAACUUACAAAGCAGAGUGUGCAGCUGUAAGCUUUGGGAUAUCUCAGGAAUUCCAUGUGUACAUGCACAGUGUGCAAUACUAUUCACUGGACAAGAUCCUGUUCAUUUCAUAAGUGAGUGGUUUAAUGUGGACAGGGUCAAGGCCAUAUAUGCAAACAAGAUACUGCCUGUGAAUGGUAGAAAUUUAUGGCCUAAAACAUCAUACAUAAAGCCUCUACCCCCUUUAGCUAGAAGAAUGUCAGGGAGACCAACUCUGAAAAGAAAGAGGCAUGUCACUGAAUCUCAAGAUAAAUACUCCCAAAACAAGAUGAAGGUUACUGGAAUAGGAAGGACAAUCCAAUGCAAAAAUUGUCUUUAA